AUGGCCUCGGCCGUGUUCCUGCUCUGCCUGGCGCUGCUAGCUCCCGCGGCCCUGGGCGCCGGCAUGGGCGCGUGUUACGAUGGCGCGGGGCGCGCGCAGCGCUGUCUGCCGGAGUUCGAGAACGCCGCGUUCGGCAGGCGUGCUGAGGCCUCGCACACGUGUGGUCACCCACCCGAGGACUUCUGCUCGCACGUGGGCGCGCCGGGCGCUGCUGCGCAAUGCCAGCGCUGCGACGCCGCAGACCCUGCUCGCCACCACAAUGCCUCCUACCUCACCGACUUCCACAGCCAGGAUGAGAGCACCUGGUGGCAGAGCCCAUCCAUGGCCUUCGACGUGCAGUACCCCACCUCAGUCAAUAUCACGCUCCGCCUGGGGAAGGCUUAUGAGAUCACGUACGUGAGGCUGAAGUUCCACACCAGUCGCCCCGAGAGCUUCGCCAUCUACAAGCGCAGCCACGCCGGCGGCCGCUGGGAGCCCUACCAGUACUACAGCGCCUCCUGCAGGAAGACCUACGGCCGGCCCGAGGGCCUGUACCUGCGCCCCGGAGAGGACGAGCGCGUGGCCUUCUGCACCUCUGAGUUCAGCGACAUCUCGCCGCUGAGCGGAGGCAACGUGGCCUUCUCCACCCUGGAGGGCCGGCCCAGCGCCUACAACUUUGAGGAGAGCCCUGUGCUGCAGGACUGGGUCACCAGCACCGAGCUCCUCAUCUCCCUGGACCGGCUCAACACAUUUGGGGAUGACAUCUUCAAGGACCCCAAGGUGCUCCAGUCCUACUACUAUGCUGUGUCGGACUUCUCUGUGGGCGGCAGGUGCAAGUGUAACGGGCACGCCAGUGAAUGCGGCCCCAGCGAGGGCGGCCAGCUGGUCUGCCGGUGCCAGCAUAACACGACGGGCGCAGACUGCGAGCGCUGCCUGCCCUUCUUCCAGGACCGGCCCUGGGCCCGCAGCACAGCCGAGGCCGCCAACGAGUGUCUGCCCUGCAACUGCAGCGGCCGCUCGGAGGAAUGCACGUUCGACAGGGAGCUCUUCCGCAGCACCGGGCAUGGCGGCCGCUGCCACCACUGCCGAGACCACACGGCUGGACCACACUGUGAACGCUGCCAGGAGAACUUCCAUCGCUGGGACACGCAGAUGCCAUGCCAGCCCUGUGACUGCCACCUGGCAGGCUCCCUGCACCUCCAGUGUGAUGGCUCGGGCACCUGCAUCUGCAAACCCUCUGUGACUGGCUGGAAGUGUGACCGCUGUCUGCCUGGGUUCCACUCACUCAGUGAGGGAGGCUGCAGAGCCUGCACCUGCAAUCCUGCUGGCAGCCUGGGCACCUGUGAUCCCCACAGUGGGUGUUGCCCCUGCAAAGAGAAUGUGGAAGGUAGCCUGUGUGACAGAUGCCGCCCAGGGACAUUUAACCUGCAGCCCGACAACCCAUCAGGCUGCAGCAGCUGUUUCUGCUAUGGCCACUCCAAGGUGUGCACGGCUGCCACCUGGUUCCGGGAGCACCAGAUCUUCGCCCACUUCCACCAGGGAGCCGAGGGCUGGAAAGCCAGGAGUCAGGAAGGCCCAGAGCACCCUGCACGAUGGACUCCAAGGGGGAUCCUCCUGAGCCCAGAAGAUGGGGAGGAGCUUAUAGCACCAGAGAAGUUCCUGGGAGACCAGCGGUUCAGCUACGGGCAGCUCCUCACAUUGACCUUUCGGGUGCCCCCCGGGGGCUCCCCGCUCUCCGUACACCUGAGGUUGGAAGGAGCAGGCUUGGCCUUGUCUCUGGACCACUUCAGCAUGGCUGGCCCGGGCGACACUGGACGGCCUGGGGAGGCGAAGUUCACCUUUCAGUUACAGGAAACCUCCGAAGAUGCACAACCUCCGCUGCCCGCCUUCCACUUCCAGCGGCUCCUCGCCAAUCUCACUGCUCUGCGCAUCCGAGCCAGCAGCUCACACCCAAGCCCUCCGGGCCACGUGGUCCUGACUCAAGUGCAGCUCAUGUCAGCCCAGCGGGGACCUUUCCCCCCAGCCUCCUGGGUGGAGACUUGCUCAUGUCCCCAAGGGUACGCAGGCCAGUUUUGUGAAUCCUGUGCCCCGGGAUAUAAGAGAGAGACACCAAUGGGAGGUCCCUAUUCCAACUGUGUCCCCUGCACCUGCAACCAGCAUGGCACCUGUGACCCCAGCACAGGGACCUGCCAAUGUGGCCACCACACCGAGGGCCUGUCCUGUGAGCGCUGCCUGCCAGGUUUCUAUGGCAACCCCUUUGAAGGCCAAGCUGAUGACUGCCAGCCCUGCCCAUGCCCGGGACAGUCAGCCUGCACGACCAUCCCACAGAGCGGGGAGGUGGUAUGCACCCACUGUCCCCCAGGCCAGAGAGGGCGCCGCUGUGAGAGCUGUGAUGAUGGCUUUUUUGGGGACCCACUGGGGCUCUCUGGGCGCCCUCAGCCUUGCCGCCGGUGCCAGUGCAAUGGGAACAUAGACCCCAAUACCGUGGGCAACUGUGACCCCCUGUCUGGUCACUGCCUGCGCUGCCAGCACAAUACAACUGGAGCCCACUGUGAGCUCUGUGACGAGGGCUUCUACGGCAGUGCCCUGGCCCCCCAGCCUACGGACAAGUGUGUGCCCUGUAGCUGCAGCCCAGGGGGCUCAGUCAGCGAGCAGAUCCCCUGUGACCCGGUGACCGGCCAGUGCUCUUGCCUGCCUCACGUGACCGGACGGGACUGUAGCUUCUGCAGCCCUGGCUUCUAUGACCUUCAGCCUGGCAGGGGCUGCCAGAGCUGCAAAUGUCACCCACUGGGCUCCCUGGAGGACCAGUGUCACCCCAAGACCGGGCAGUGCCCCUGCCGCCCGGGCAUCGGCGGCCUGGCCUGCGACAGGUGCCAGCACGGUUUCUUUGGCUUCUCAGCCAAGGGCUGCCGAGCCUGCAAGUGCUCCCCGCUGGGCGCUGCCUCCGCCCAGUGUCACGAGAACAGCACCUGUGUGUGCAGGCCCGGCUUUGUGGGCUACAAGUGUGACCGCUGUCAAGACAAUUUCUUCUCCACGGCCGACGGCUCACACUGCCAGGAGUGCCCCCCCUGCUACGGCCUCGUGAAGGAGCAGGCUGCCAAGCUGAAGGCCAGGCUUAUCCUGAUGGAAGGGUGGCUGCAGGGGUCUGGCUGCGGCACUCCCUGGGGACCACUGGAUGUUCUGCAGGGAGAGGCCCCACGAGGAGAUAUUUACCAGGGCUUCCAUCCAUUGCAAGGGUUCCAGGAAGCAUUCCUGGAACAGAUGACGGGCCUCGAAGGUUCUGUGAAGGCCGCCUGGGAGCAGCUGUGGGUACUGAGCCAGAGUGCCCACUGUGCCCAGGCCAGAGCCGAGAAGUCCUGUAUCCAACUGGCCGACCUCAUGGAGGUGCUAGAGUCCACGGAGGAGGAGCUUCUGCAUGCAGCCUCCCUUCUCUCAUCUCUGGUGAUUCCUCAGGAAAGGUCCAGCCAAUCCACAAACUGGAGCCAGCUGGCCACAGAGACACGAGUGUUAGCCAGGAGCCACUGGGACACGGCUGCCAAGGUCGAAGCUACUGCUCGGAGGGCGCUGCUCUCCUCCAACGCCAGUUACACACUGCUCUGGAGUCUGGUGGAGGGGAACGUGGCCAUGGCGGCCCAGCGGGAGCUGGAGGACAGGUACCAGGAGGUUCAGGCAGCACAGAAGGCACUGGGCACAGCUGUACUCAAGGCACAGCCUGAAGUCGAGUUGGUGCUGACCUCCAUGCAGCAAGUUGGCACAGAUGGAGCCCUGAGCUUGGCCUCACCUAGUCCUGUCCCCUUGCAGCUCCAGAAGCCGCUGGCCCAAGACCUGAGCCUGAAGGUGCAGACCCUGGAGAAGACAGUCGCAGUCAGAGAGCAGGUGGCUACCAAAGCUGUCCAAGACCUCCAGGCCACAGCCCAGGAGGCGCUGCAGAAGAUGGAGCCCCUCACACAGUUACACCAGGAGGCCAGAGCCGCCCUGACACAGGCUUCCACGUCUGUCCAGGCCGCCACAGUGACCGUCAUGGGAGCCAGGACUCUGCUGGCUGACCUGGAAGGAAUGAAGCUGCUGUUUCCUGGGCCCAAGGACCAGGCCGCCUUGAGAAGGAAGGCAGAUGUCAUCCGGGACAGGCUCCUUGAAGACACAAAGAAGAAAACCAAGCAAGCAGAGAGGAUGCUAGGAAACGCAGCAUCUGUGUCUGCCAGUGCCAAGAAGAAGAGCAAAGAAGCAGAGCUGCUGGCUAAGGGCAAUGCCAAGCUUGCCAAGGUUUUGCUGAGGAAAGAGAAGCAGGAACAGCGCCGUGCCAGCCAGCUUGCCAGCCAGACGAGGGUGACACUCCGCCUGGCCUCCCAGCAGACCCUGGCCUCUGGAGCACGUCUGCAGGAGCUGGAGGAAGCCAAGCGGGUGGGCGCAGGGCUGAGUGAGGUGGAGCGACAGAUCCGGGAGUCGCGCAUCUCCCUGGAGACAGACAUCAAGACUUUGUCAGAGCUGCUCACCAAGCUGGGGUCACUGGACACCCACCGAGCACCAGCCAAGGCUCUGAAUGAGACCCAGCGAGUACUAGAGCACUUGAAGCGUCAACUGGGCUCCCCAGGGGCCCUGCAGGAGAAACUGAGGCUGCUGGAGCAAGAGUCCAAGCAGCAGGAGCAACAGAUCCAGGACUUUGAGAGUGACCUUGCUGAGAUCCGUGCGGACAAGCAGAACUUGGAGGCCAUCCUGCACAGCUUGCCUGAGAGCUGUGCCAGCUGGCAGUGA